UAAUUAUUUUUCCUUCCCAGCAAACGAAAAAAAAAAAAACGCUUUUGAUUUAAAUUCCUCAAAUCCCUUUCUAAAUUAGUUACGGACGUACACAAGUAAGUGAGUCAAGAAAUCAUUUUGACAAUUUUGCUUAGACCGGCUUAGACGGAUGAUGGAUAUAUGUUCUCUAGUUAUUAAUCUGAUUUCUUGAAUGGUAAUAGUAAUAAGACAAGUUUCUUUUCAUUCGCAUUCGAUUUUGUCAAGAACUUGUUCUAGAAAACGGGCUGGUUAGACGCAUAAAUAGAAAUAGGAAGAAUAUUCUUCUGAGAUUAGCAGAUUCUUGUUGGAGAAACUUUUUUCUGGGUGUGUUCGCCGUUGAAACUGAAAUUUCACUAAGUUCAUUACUCUUUUAGAAAAGCGUCAUCUGUCGCAGCGAAGACAAACACAAUAUUUUACUAGAGCUGCUAACCCAGACGAAAGUUGGUUAUACUCCUAGUGAACCGGUGGAAAACAAAUUCCUUGACAAAUUUAGUUCGCAUUACGAAGUAUUGUUACUGCGAUAGUUUAAACGAAUAUGGGAGUGGUGAAGCGUCCAGGAGAAAUCAAACAAGUUGAUCAGGUUUCUAUUGCCGAGUAAAAGUUAAUUUGCUUUCUCCAGCUGCUUCCUUUCACUUCGUAGAUUAUGCGACAACAAAUAAGUUCAAAACUGCCUGUUUUUUUACGCGGUGUUUUCAAAUUUUUAAAUUCACUCUCAGUUCAAAGUAACCUCAUUCGACUCCACAACGUGUUAGUCUCGCGCGUUUUUCCAGUAUUUUCUCUAGCAACUUCUUUUCACUCUCUCCUUGAGUGCAUUGUUAGGUUAUAAAAGUGAGACCGCUGCUACACCAAAACUUCACACUCCCGACAACUCUUCCUCUACUAGGACGCAAUAAAGAUUCCCUCGUGAACUGCAACUGUGAAAUCGUUCUCCGGCAGCCAUGGCGAUUUUAAAAAUUGCUCUGAUUGCUGCUGCUUUAGUGACAUUGGUGGGUUGUGCAAAAAAGAAUACUAAAGGCGAUUUGGAACCGAUAGCAGCGACCCAUGGAAAAAGACACAUUAGUCCCGUCCAUUACGUGCAACCUUAUGCUGGUAGUCUACAAUAUCAUAGGCCAUCUGUUCUUGACAGCAGUGAUUACUACGGUGAAAGCGACAAGGGAAAUGGAGGAUACGUUGUGAUCUCUCACGAAAAAGAAAAAGGACACAAAAUAAAGGGGAAAGGAGGCAAAGGAAAAGGAGGAGGCGGUUAUGGCAGCGGAUACGACGACGGAUACAGCUCAUACGAACACGAAGGCGGCUCUUACGGAGGUAAAGCCAAAGGCAAAGGAUCUUACGGCAAAGGAAAAGGCUACGGAAAAGGAAAAGGAGGAUCGUAUGGCAAAGGAAAAGGGGGCAGCUACGGAAGCAAAGGAAAAGGAAAGGGAGUAUCUUAUGGCAAAGUAAAAAGUUACGGAAGCAAAGGAAAAGGAGGAUCUUACGGAAAAGGCAAAGGAGGCAUUCCUUAUGGAAGCGGUGGAUACAGCUACUCAUACGGGGGCGGCAACAACAACCAUGGCGGUGGAUCGUCUGAAAGCCACGGCAAUAACAACGGAGGCAAUUCAUACGGAGCCGUUAUAGAGUCCUACGGAACAGUAGGUACAACGUACGGAGCAGUAGGAACCUCGUACGGAUAUGUGGGUAACUCGUACGGACAUUUAGACACUUCAUAUGGAAUCAGUGGAGUUGGAUACGAUUCGUAUGGAAGCAGCUUUAAUGGAGGUGGAGGUGGCUCAUCUGAAAACAACGGAAAUGGAGACAGCAGUGGAACAUGGGAGAAUUUACCCAUCGGCAGUAUUUUAGAGGGCAACAACGAUUCCGGAAGCAAUGCGGGCAGAGACGAAAGUGUCGGAACAGGCGAAAAUCAAUCCGAAGGUGCCAUCAGAAGCAACGUAAACGAAGGCAGCGAAUCUGGAAGUAUUGCAGAUGGAGGGAGUGAAUCCGGAAGCAGCCUUGCAGGAGAUGGCGGAUCUGGAAGCAGUGCUACCGGUGCAUCCGAGGCCAGCGGGAAAAAGCGGAGCACUAGUGAAAUUGACGAAACAUUAUCCGAUAGCGAAGUCGAGGGAAGUACUACACCAGUUACACCUGCAACAAGUAGUACUGCAGCUCCAACUAGCGGAAGCGGAAGAAAUGGGAAAACCAUCAACGUCUCCAUCAAUACAAAAGGUGGCAGCUCGAACGACGAAAAUGGAAACAAUACUGUCAGGGUAGAUUUCCAAACUGACGGCAAUGACAGUGGCGAAAAAGCAUUUUCCGUCAGCGUCCACUUUUCAACCGCCAAUAAUGAAAAAGGUCAAAAUAGUAAAAAAGCAUCACCUCAAAGCUCAGACACAGGUGCUGAUAUUCCGGACAGUGGCAAAGCAUCAGAAGCCGGGACUGAUGGUAGCAGCGCAACAGUUUCUUCGGGCGGUAAAAGGAGCAUUGUAAAUGUCAGCAACGAAAGCGGAUCGGCAAAUGCAGUAGCAGCCAAUAAGGAUUCCGGAAAUGGAAACAAUGUAUCCACCAAUAGACCACCGGUUAGCAACAACAGUGGGAAAACUAACAGCUCGUCGUCAGGAACGAAGAGCGAUGGCGAGCAAAGGACCAAUGCAAACAAGGGGAAAGAUGAAAACCGAUCUACUAGGAAUACAACCUCACCAUCCGUCAGGAGUACACCUGGGACAAGUCAAGAAAAAAAUAGCAGCCCUGAUUGCGUUGGCGGAUGCUUCAGCAUCACACCUCUAAUCGAAUCCAACAGCAGCGGAAAGGCCAGCGCAUCGCACAUCGUGAGCAGUUCGGUUUCCCCUGGAAGACCUGGAAAUGACAGAAAAGUGAAUAGCAACAGAGCAAGUGUUGGUAAUAAAGGUUCUGUCGAUAGCGAACGUGGAAGAUCCGGUGCGGCUAGUAGUGCAUCUAGAAAUACGACUUCUGGAGUCGUGACGAAAGGCAGCACAUCGGGAAACAGUGGCGGAGGAUCAGUUGGUAAUAGUAGCACUCGCCGUCCUGCCAGACCAAGACCUACGCCAUUAACUGAAAAAACAACUUCCGAGAGAGUUGAAGUAACAGCAGUCAAUCUGACUGAAGGGAAUCACACCCGUCAUACUCCAAGGUACAGACCAUUGCCAUGGAUGGAACCUGCCGUUAUUUCUCUAUUCGGGUUUAGUGGGAAUGCCGGCGAGGUUUCUAAAAAUGUGAAAAAUAUUGAUGACGGAAAACGUAGUAACGCUAAUGAAACACGUAUCCCAAGACUCAGACCCACAUCUAAACCGGAAGAAACUUCAUUUUCUGGAAGCGACGGAUCUGGUGGAAGAAGCCAAAGAGAAUCAAAUAAGCAACAGACGAGUGCUGGAAGCAGUGGAUCCAGCAACGCUCAUAAUACGGCUGUCCGAUAUUUGCCCAGAUACAAACCUCUUACUACGACGGAAGGUAUUACUCAUUUGUUUUCCAACGACUCUGCCGUUGUUGGGAAGGAUGUUAAAGGAUCCUCCGGGAAAGACGGCAGCGAUCCCUUCGCUACACUACCAAUGCUAGUUCCAUAUUUACCAAUCGAUACGUACUACAUUCCACUUCGCCGAUUAACGAGGGGACACAAAAAACCAGUUGUGACGUGAUGCCAUUUAUUCUCAUCCAAUUUGUUCAUCGUUACAGAGAUCUUUCAUUUUAUCGAAUUAUAACUGUUUGUUGAGUUCAAUUGUACGGUGCUGUGUGCUUUACAAUCAAUACACCGAUUAAGUUUUU